GGUCGCGCGGCGAUGUGAGCCAUGAGCGCGACGUGGACGCUGUCGCCCGAGCCGCUGCCGCCGUCCACGGGGCCCCCUGUGGGCGCGGGCCUGGACGCGGAGCAGCGCACGGUGUUCGCCUUCGUGCUCUGCCUGCUCGUGGUGCUGGUGCUGCUGAUGGUGCGCUGUGUGCGCAUCCUGCUCGACCCCUACAGCCGCAUGCCCGCCUCGUCCUGGACCGACCACAAGGAGGCGCUCGAGCGCGGGCAGUUCGACUACGCGCUGGUGUGAGGCAGCGGCGCCCGGGACCCUGGCCUGGAGCCCCCAGCGCGUGGUGGGAGGGAGGGGGGAGGGCGUGGAGAAACUGCAGCCCCUCCCCCUCCCGACCUCGCCCAUCUCCCCUUCUGGCCUGGCUGGAGCCCCACCUGUGCCUUGCUCCGCGCUGCCCCUGCCCUUUCUCCACAAUCACCCGCCUGGCUGGCCCGGGUGACCGCGAAGGCUGGGCAGGAGGACGACCCCGCGCCAACUCCUCCCCCACCCCAGCGUGUAAGUAGCUCUGCUCUAGUUCCUCCUUCGGGUCCGAGUGUCACACCUGUUCCCGGAGGCGGGGACUCCCCUGUCUCCUCUCCCCCCGCCCCCGUUGUCUGGCUAUCCCCAGUUCCACCUCGAUUGAGUGUUGAGCCCUUCCUUGCGCUCCAGCCCUGCUGCACAGGCUGUCUAGGCCCGCGGCGUGGACGCUGCAUACCCAUGUGUCCAGCACAGCCUGCCCCAGAGCCGGCUCCCGGAACGGCGGCUGCCGAAUCCAGGAUGCCUGGCGCCUUCCAGAGCGAGCAGGCUCAUUCCCGCCCCUCCCCGCCCCUCCCGCCUGGGCCCCGGGACAGGUCAGCGUGCCCACCUCCCCCUGGACCUCCUGCCGGACCCCAACACCUUUUCACUCUUCCUGCCUCUGAGCGAUGAUGACAAUAAAAGCUACGAUCGAACGCUUA